UGGAUAGCACAUGGCUUGUAUAAAUCACGAAGUUAACAUAAAAAAUUUAGAAAAACAUAAAGGGGAGACUAGUAGAUAGAGCACAUGGCUUGUAUAAAUCAAUGAGAAAGGCCAAAGUUUUCUCACUUCUGGCAGAACACUUUUAAGGUAGACAAACUGAAAGAAAAAGAAGAAGAAGAAGAAGGGGAAGGAGGAAGCGAACUACAAGCACCUGAGCACCUACUAAUUCAAGCCACACAUCCACACAUCAACAAGUUCAAACCAAGAAAACCCUGCCUUUAUAUAUCAGCCUUCUUUAAAAUGGAUGAGAGGAUGAAGCAGUUUGCUGAAAAUGGAGAUAUUAAUGCCUUUUACCAAUUAAUUAGAGAGGAUGUAAAACUUUUGGAGCACAUCGAUGAGCUACCAUUUGUUGAUACUCCUUUACACAUAGCUGCAUCUACUGGGCGAAUCCCAUUUGCCUUGGAGAUGAUGGGUUUAAAGCCCUCAUUUGCACGGAAACUAAAUCAAAAUGGGUUUAGCCCUAUUCACCUCGCUCUACAAAAUGGACAUAUUGAGCUGGUGCGUCGGCUUCUACAAAUUGAUGGGGACCUUGUUCAAGUCAAAGGAAGGGAGCGUCUCACUCCUUUGCAUUACAUAGUACAAAGUGGUAAACACCAUGAUCUAUUGGAAGAAUUUUUAUUGAUCUGUCCUGAUUCUAUUGUAGAUGUGACGGGGCGAAACGAGACUGCUUUGCAUAUUGCCCUCAAAUAUAAUAGGCUCGAGGUUUUUAAAUUCUUAGUGACAUGGCUUGGAGUAAUUGUUUAUAAAAAUGCUAAAUUGUAUCAAAGAACAGUCCUGAACUGGAAGGAUGAUGAAGGCAAUACUGUGUUACACAUUGCAGUAUCAAAAAAUCAAUCCGAGGCUGUGAGGCACUUACUCGCUUGGGGUUACAACUUUGUCGAUGUAAACCAUAAGAAUUUAAAAGGUAAAACAGCAUGGGAUAUCGUGCAGCCACAAGGAGAGAAUGGAGAGAAUCGGGAUAUCUUGCAAGGGCAAACACAAGUAGAGAAUCGGGAUAUCUUGCAAGGGCAGACACAAGUAGAGAUUCGGGAUAUCUUGCAAGUGCAGCCACAAGUAAAGAACGGAGAGAUUCGGGAUAUGCUACGCCGUGCUAGAGCUAAAUCGGGUUCAUCUGUUUCUACAUUUAAUAGGUAUGAAAAGUACCAAAUGCUACCAGAAUCAAGUGGUUUUCAGUUUUUGGAAACGGAUUUUAAACGUGAAAUAAGGAAAUUAUCAGAAGAAAGGCGCAGUAUGCUUCUGGUGGUUGCAGUACUUCUUGUAACAGUCAGCUAUCAAGCGGUACUCAACCCUCCUGGUGGACUUUGGCAAGAUGAUGGUAAGUGCUUCAAUACCACUGAAGUAGGGAGCAGUCCUAAUGGAACCGUUCAUAUGUUCAGUUAUUUUCCUCCAGGAAGGAGAAUCCCACCUACAUACAAUAAAACAGAAAAUGAUCCCACUUAUCUGACUCUGUUCAAUAGCACAUUAGCGUGUGAACACAAAGCAGGGGCAGCCAUUGCUUUUGAAGAUGGCCUUUUUCAGGUGUUCCUUGCUUGUAAUGCUAUCAUAUUUCUGAUCUCAAACUCAUUAAUUAUUUUCCUCGUUCCAAAUGGGUACAUGAAGGGUCUGUUCUUCGCACUCAAUGUCACCCUCUGUUUUAGCUAUUCUUAUGCACAACUUGCCAUAGCCGGUGAUCCAUAUAGGGCAUAUAUGGCGGGUAUUUUGACAACUAUUUCGGCCUUGUUUAUUUUCGUAGCACAGCUUUUUUCCUGGAAGCAAUGAUCAGACUCAGGGACAGCCAUUGGUUUGGAAGGAAGCCAUUGGUUUGGAAGGAAGCCCUUUUCUGAUAUUCUCGAUUUACAGUGAUUGUUCUCCUCAUUCCAGAUGUUGCCUACUUCCUCUAGUUUUGUUAUUUUUGUUCCCAGGCUCCAGAUUGGUCAAAUUUUCCCACUUUGGAAAGAAUCAGGCUAAGUGGUUUGCAGAUUCAAUCAUGGGAGAAGAAAUGACUGAAUGAAAAAAAAAAAAAAAAAAAAAGGCGACUUUGGACUUGUAUGCAUCUGUAAUUUGUGUCGAUUUUUGUUUUCUGUUUCUUUGAUACUAAAAUUUAGUCUAUGUUUCUAUGGCAUUGUUGUAGUACUUAAUGUAUAUAGCAAUAAAGUAGUGUGAUUGCCUAGCAUUACUUAA